AUGGUGUUCGGCUCAUCGCGCGAGGAAAUCCGGGACGACAGCUACUACAGGUCGCUGCUGCUGGGUCCGCGCCAGCCUGGAGGAUGGAUCCGCGCACACGCUUCUGGCGCUAAAGACGUCAGGAGAACAACCAAGAGGAAAUACCGCAAAGCCACCCACACGUUGCGGAAGGAGGAGAAGGAGCGGCUGGAGAAGGAGCUGGACGCUCUUCAUGCUCGGAUGGAGGAGCUCAAGAAACAGGCCUUAGAGUCUUUUGGAACACCGGGGCAAAAUGACAAGGACAGAGUCAUUGCCUGCAAAGUGCUGCGGGAUGCCGUGCAGACCCAGCAACUGGAGUUCGCCAAUAUCCAGGGCAUCAUGUCGGAGUAUGCACUAUGUACUAUUGAAGCCGGGAGUCCACUACAGAGAUAUAUCCAUUUAAAAAGAUAUGAAACAUUUCGACAAGAAACCUUGCUGGAGCUGAAGCCAAUGAAGUUGGAAGAUGCAGAUCAGUUCUUGCGCCAGCGACGACCUAAUGUGGAUCCGUGCAAGCCGAUGUGCGAAGAUCGUCGCUAUGAGCUGUCGAAUGGAGACUUUUGUUCGACACGAUUCACGACGAUCCAGUUUCACGGCGUGGGUAGCGUCAGGCAAGUGUUCGACAUGCUGGUCCAGACGAUGACAGGCGUCACUCAGAACCGACUGGUUUCUACGACCAUUAACGGUUUGCUGAUGGAGUCCAACACCGUGCUGUUCUCGCAGUUCUUCGAGCCUGGUAAUGAACCCGGUCACGAGAGAGGGAGGGGGCUGAUUGUUGCAGAUUUUGUGGACGAAGACGAGAGGCAUCCGUACAGACCCCAUGCGCGCGUUCGGCGCGAUAUUAACGCCAUUCUCGAGUUGACGUCGUACACACGCAAAGAAGGGAGCGUUGUCGUGCUGACUCGGUGGGUAUUUUCACAGCUGCAUCGACCCUCCUUCGCGGUAUCGACGGGUAACUGGGAAGAAAUACGCGAUAACAUGGAUCGGUGGGGUGAAACAAUGCACCGCACGAUGGUAGAAAGCCUCACCCCCAAUAACUAA